UCGAUGCGGAUUUAAAGAUUUGAGGCAGUGAAGGAGCGAUCAGUCAGGGACUGGUAUCCCCAUAAACUUGGAUUGCCGUCGCUUAUUUCAAUCACGUAAGACCCCUAAUGGCGUUGUCCGGGCGAGGGUGUUACGUAGCCUAUAUCUGUACAAGCUUUUCUGACAACCCAGGCUUGUUGAUAUUUGUCUUUACUGUAGAGCCACCAAGGUGUUGCCUAAGAGAGUUUAAGCACGCCGACAUUGCAAAGGGUUAUUAGAUUCAUAAGUCAGCGAAGUGGUGGGCGAUCUACUGAGCACAGCAGAAGUUCUCAUAUGAUGACUUCAAACAAGACACAUUACCUACCAGCAUCUGUUGGAGUGAGUGGAUAUUAAGACACUUCUAUCUCCAGGACAGCGUAGGGGAAAAUGCACGUUGGACAGAGGCACCGGAGUCGUGCAUGGACUAAACCGCCGAGUGGACGUCAACUCUCUUUCUCUCUUUCCCCAGCCCCCCUUUGCCAAACCUGGGAUUGUUUUUUCAACUUUUGUUCCACCAGGUUAGAAGAGUGAUGACCAUCCUGUUCCUUACUAUGGUUAUUUCAUACUUCAGUUGCAUGAGAGCUGCGCCCCUGAGAGAUGCCCCGGGCAUGCGGGGCCAUCGGACGGAAGGCUACUUGGGCGCUGCUGCGACGGCCGCACGAGGCCAUGGGACUCCACAGAGUGGUGGUGGGCCAGGCCAGCGCGGGGAACUGCCCUCACUCACAGACACGUUUGAGCAGGUGAUAGAGGAGCUGCUGGAGGUGGAGGGAGAGGCGGCACAGCUGGGACAGGGGGCUGAUAAGAGCCAGGGAGGUGGGGGCCCGUCCUCUGUGGUUGCCGCAGACACCAAGGAUGUCGACCUGUACGACUCGCGGGUGAUGAUCAGCAACCAAGUGCCUUUGGAGCCGCCGUUGCUCUUUCUCCUGGAGGAAUACAAAAACUAUCUGGAUGCCGCUAACAUGUCCAUGAGGGUGCGGCGACACUCCGAUCCCUCGCGGCGCGGAGAGCUCAGUGUGUGUGACAGUAUUAGCCAGUGGGUGACAGCUGUGGAUAAAAAGACGGCAAUAGACAUGUCUGGGCAGACAGUUACCGUCAUGGAAAAGGUCCCUGUCCCCAAUGGCCAACUGAAGCAAUACUUUUAUGAGACCAAAUGCAACCCCAUGGGGUACACAAAGGAGGGCUGCAGAGGAAUAGACAAGCGGCAUUAUAAUUCCCAAUGCAGGACAACCCAGUCCUACGUGCGAGCGCUUACCAUGGAUAGCAAAAAGAAGAUUGGCUGGCGGUUUAUAAGGAUAGACACUUCAUGUGUAUGCACAUUGACCAUUAAAAGAGGGAGAUAGUGUAUAAAAUGUAUAGAUUUUAUUGAAGAGUUUAAAAAAAGAGAAUAAAGAGAAAAUAUCUAUUUGUAUAUAUACAUAACAGGGUAAAUUAUUCCGUCAAAUGAAAAUUUUAUGGACUGCAUGUAAAAAAAGAUGAAGUUUAUACAGUAAAAGUGAUACUACAGUCUAUUUAUUGAACAUAUUCAUGACCUUGUAAACAAUUAAAAAAAAUCUGAUCAGUCAUUUGCGCCCAGUUUAAAUUACUAUAUCACAUCCCUCAAGACAUUGUGAUUUGUUUACGUUGCCAAGAAUUAUAAAAAUGAAGGAAAAAAAAACAGGCAAGGAAUGAGAGAGGACAGUUCCAUCUUCAAAAGCUUGCAUGCUGCUUCAAUUGUGAAUCGAGAAAUUCUCCACUUACAGAAAAAAAGGAUAUGAUGCUGACCAAAAAAAAAACAAAAAAAAAACAUUCCGUUUACAUAUU